AUGUCGACCGUUUUCCCUCAGCGUGCUCCGCUUCCGAGCGCCGACCAGCAGGCCGCUGGCAUUGAGGCCUGUCUCAGAGUCCAACGACUCGCCAUGACUCAAGGCAAGCGUCCGUUUGCUGGAGCUCUCAUCGGCCCCGACAAUGAGACAGUGCUGCUCACCCACUGUUCCCUGAGCCACGUCGAUCACGCCGAAUCAAGUCUUGCGCGCCUAGCUGCCCUGCACUACUCACAAGAAUUCUUGUGGAAAUGCACGCUUUACAGCACCUGGGAACCGUGUGCAAUGUGCACAAGCACCAUCUACUGGGCUAACAUUGGGAGGAUCGUCUAUGCCGCCACCAACGAUCAGCUGGCCGACCUGACCGGCAAGGGCAAUCCUGAGAACUUUACCAUGAAAUGGCACUGUCGCGACAUCCUGGAAGACAGCCAGAAGGACAUCCAGAUAUUGGGACCCCUCGAAGGACUGGACAAGAUUGUCAUGGAGGAAAGCGACAUCUAUUGGAAGCCGGUCAGGGAUCGCUUGUAG